CAUUUGUCUCGCUCUCUCUGUCUCUCUCAAAUCCCAAGGCUCAAACCUCACACAGUCACACGCACAAACACACAACACAAAUCUCCCCUUCUCGCUCUGCUCCCACACGAAACAGAGAGAGAAGCCAAUUGCGGAGAAUGGCAUCGGCAAUAGCUAGGGUUUCGUUCCGAAUAAUCAUGGCGGUCCUCUUACUCCUCGUCCUCUUCUACGUCGGCCGCCCUCUCUACUGGAAGGUCUCCGCCACCAUCCACGACAUCCGCAACAACAAACAGACCGUCAAGCAAGGUCUUUCCCAGAUCGUUCUGGAAGCCCAGAAAACCGUCGGAUGGUACCACGACGAGUCGGACUCGGGCGCCGCCACGACUCGUCGUUUACUGCGUAAGGUUUUGUAAAAAAUAUCUAAUUCGUUUGUGUUAUAACACGGUAGAUCUGGUGGUAACACUAGGAGGGCUCUUAAAAGUACUGUAAUAUUUAUGAUAUUUGUAAUAGUAGAAUUUGUAACGGUGAACAUGGAUCAAGAGCACAUUUUUAAAAUUUUGUAGAAUGGAAAGGGUCUAUAAAAUUAUAAAUUAA